GUUGUAUGUAUUUCCGGUUGAGAUUAUUUCAUACACGCUCUUGGAACGGUACGCUCUGCUUCACGAAAGGCAGACAGACGAACCAGAGUUACAAUGUUCAAACUUGAAGGACUCGGUCCUAAAAUGGACCCAGAGGAGAUGAAGAAGAAAAUGCGACAAGACGUCAUCUCAUCUGUACGAAACUUUCUUAUUUACGUCGCCCUUCUCAGAGCCACUCCAUAUGUCUUAAAGAAGCUGGACAGCAUAUGAGCAGAGCAUUCAUUUCGUUCUUCCUCCAUCAACUGAGUUUGCUCCAUCAGACACAGUAUGGGCCAUCAUUGGCAGACAGCAGGAGCCAUUACUGAAAAUGAUUUGACGACAACCAGCACCUGUCCAUCUCUGCACCUGGGGAAACAUCUUGUUCAUAUAUUUAGUCUUGAUCUGUUUAGUGUGUCUGCCUGUCUUAUUCAACAUUCUGUGAAAUGCAAAGUUUGACUGUUGUGUAUGCCUGCCAUGCUCCCACAAUAAUGGGACUCAAUGCUUAUGUUUUUUUUUUACUUGAAAGAAAAUCUGCUCAGUCCUCCAGACGUUGAAUGGAAACUGUCUAACUGCAUUUGAAAAUGUUCAGUCCUGCAACAACAAUGAACACUGGAAGGCUUCAACUUUUUGCUGAUUUUCAUAAAUAGUCAACCACAAAUAAAAAAAGGAAACAAAGAGAA